UGUAGUUUGGAAUUAUACAUUUACAUUAAAAUUGAUAUUUGCUGAAAAUACAUCCCAGUUGUGAACAGAUCUAAAAUGUCAAAUACACAAACGACUGUCACCGCUUACUUGGCAGCCCAGAAGAAGACCACAGAUAAAGAUCUCGCUGCCGAAUGGACUAUAAUCGAGGAGUUGUACAAUGAAAAGUUGUGGAAUGAGCUGACCAUCAAAUUGGUGACAUUUGUGCGUCGUGAAGCCCUCCAAGAUGAAACUGCAUUGCUGCAGCUAUACCAGAAUUUUAUAUCCACCUUCGAAACAAAAAUAAACCCCUAUGGACUCAUUCAAAUUCUUGAGGUGGUUGUUGAUAACAUAAGCGACAAAAAGGAGGCCAUUGAAUUUCUCGAGAAAAUGAAGGACAAGGUGAAAAUAUGCGACGAAGCUGUCUGGUAUCUGCAGGUCAUGCAAGGAAAUCUGUAUCUCACUAAUCUUAACGAUCUGAGUGCAACAAAGAAAAUCAUUGAGGAGCUGCGUGAUGUGCUUGAGGAGGCAGGUAAUGUGACACCGGUGCACGGAAAGUACUACAUGCUGGCAUCUCAGUACUAUCGUCGUGUGGGCAAGCAUAGUGACUACUAUCGCUGCGGUCUGCAGUUCCUGGGCUGCUCAUUAGAUGACUUCCCGAAAGAUCAAUGGGCACAACAGGCAUUCUUUCUUGGUCUAGCCGCUCUAUUGGGCGAUGGCGUCUACAACAUAGGCGAGCUGUUGGCUCAUCCCAUUCUAGGUUCGCUGCAAGGUACAGAUAAUGAAUGGUUGGUGCAGCUAUUAAAAGCAUUUAACACUGGAGACAUAAACAAAUUCAAUGAUAUGAAAAAGAUUUGGUCUAAGAUUCCCGACCUGGCUGCCCAAGAAGUCAAACUGCGCCAAAAGAUUUCGCUGCUCUGCCUUAUGGAGAUGACAUUCAAGCGGUCGGCGAUCGAACGUGCCAUUUCCUUCGCGGAUAUUGCGCAAGAGACCAAACUGCCGCUUAAGGAAGUCGAGCUGCUCGUUAUGAAGGCUCUGGCUUUAGAUUUGGUGCGCGGGGAGAUUGAUCAAGUGGCUGGCGUUGUGAAUAUGUCGUGGGUGCAACCUCGCGUACUCAACCGCAACCAAAUCGCUGGCAUGGCCAGCACAUUGGAUACCUGGAUGGGUUCGAUUACAUCAAUGGAGAAACUUAUGGAAAAUCGUGCUGCGGAAAUUCUCACGAAUUAAGUUUAAGCUAGAGUGAUUUUCUUUAUUAAUCUCCUAACCCUACACAAUUAAUGUACAUUUGAUGAAAAUCCUUUUUUGUAUUAAAAGAACUUGAGUUCA